UAAAAUAGAAAGGUUAUAACGCACUGUUUAUAAUUCUUUUCGGAAAUACCCUUAUCUCUGUAUAUAAGGUACAUGUGAAAUUACGGUAUACACAAAACAGUGAAAGCGCGAUCAUAAAGAUUGACAGAAACUUCCGACAAUGCGAAAAUGGAUGUGCAAACUUGCGUGCUGGAGAGACUUGGAGGAGUACGAUCUCCGAAUAGGUCACUUCAAGAUUGGUGCUCGAGUUCGGACCCGCAAGUCUGGCGAUGGAUACAUUCACGAAGUGAGGAGUGUAAGGAAGAAUAGUGUGGCCAACCAAUUGUUCCUCAAAAAACAUGAUGUGCUUACUUGCGUGGAAGGGACAUCCUUAAUGUGCCACGACCCGGCUUUUGUGCAGAAAAUGUUUGAAAAAGAAGAAAUAAACCCGCUAAAGCGGGUGCAGCUGAACGUAAGACGUUCGAUGUCAGGGGUAUUAAAUAUUAGCAGUGGUCUAGACGUCAUGUCUUCAGGGCAUCUGGUGGCUGUAAGACCCGUUGCGACGACGGAGUGUCACGUGAGAUAUCAGGUGUCAGGCACCACCAAGUACCUGCAGGUGAGGGACGAUCACGUUGUGUCGGCGGAUCAGCUGGAUGGUAACGACGAGGACAAUAAAUUGUACAUAUUGCGUGAAAUAAAAAUCAAAGACAACAGAAUGUAUACAACCAUACAAAUCGGACGCGACAAUGGGAUGUGGCUCCAAGUGAACGGGGGUAAAAUAACAGUUGGGGAAACAUCCACGCAUUUCGUUUACAAAAAGAAUAGAAGCGACAUUCACUUCAAAUAUAACGAGCAAUAUAUUGCGUACGAUGUACAGCAACAUACUCUAGUAUUGAUAUCAAAGGACCAGGCACGGCAAAGACAACGAUAUAGAGUUAGGUUCACAGAGAUCUCAGUUGAACGUGAGGAUCUUGAUCAGAUUGACGGUUGUACGUGCGACUGAAAAUGCUGAUUUGACCACCAGUGCAUAUGUGUGUCCACUAUUUGGCUGUUUUGUAUCCAAUUAUCAGUGAAUUAUUUUUGUUUCGUUUUGUGGUGAUAUUUCCUAAUGUUUUUCUAAAUUCACCUUGAUGACAUUUACGGUUGUGCGUUAUGGUGAACAUGUGGCUUUUAAAAUAUGUGCAUAUAUGUGUCUACGAGUUUGGCAUUGCCUGUUUGUUUUCUCAAUUAUCGUUGUAUUUUUUUGUUUUAUUUUUGGAGUGAUCUUUCCAAGAUAAAUUUUUAAUUUGUCAUCUUAAUAACCUUGUAUACGUUCUCAUAAAUAGAUUUCCUUUUUUUCUAUUUCUCGAUCAUCCUUUAUAUCAUAACUUGCUUUCGCUUUGAUAAUAUCAACUUAAGUUGUAAACUGUAAGUUGUUAUCUUAUAUUUAAACUUGUUAUCUCAAAUUGCAAUGAAAAUCAUCAGUGGAUAGUUACAAUUAUAUGAACACCAAUGAAAAUGUUGAAUACUGUUAUUUACGUAUUCGUGUCAUUAUAAGAAUAAUUGUGCAUUCUAAGUAGUAAGCGUUAUUUUUACUCACAUACUAUAAGUUUUACUUUUCAUUGCGUUAACAUUGUGCCUGAUCGUUUGUAAAUAUAAUUCUUAUUUUUUAUCAUAUAAAUGUUUUGGUUUAUAAAAAUAUUUUUGUUCUGUUAUACUGAAAUAUAAAAUAUAUUUAUAGAUAGAAAUGAUAUAUUAGUUUUAUACUAUUUCUACAAGUGGAGUGUUUUCGUUUCUCGAAAACGCUGAACCUAUUCGAUUUUAUGAAUGUGUUUAACAAUUGCAUCAAUAAGAUCUAAACGCACUAGGUUUUCCACUGCAAUCAUAUUAACAGAUCUAAGGAAGUGUACAUGUUAAGAAAAUGCUAUAAAGACCUUGCUUAAAGUGCUUAGUGAUUUUAUUAAAAUGCUAUAUGAUCAAUUACGUCGUACUCCUUAAGUGUAAAUACUUGAGGUAAUAAUCAACAUAUUCCUCAAGAACGGGCAUUUUGAAACUAAAAGUGAAAUACAUGCCAUAACACUCAAGUAAUAAUAAAAUAUAUGUGCUUAACAUGUAUGCUUUUCUGAACAUUCUUUCGUUAUGUAAAUGAUGAUGUUCGUUUGAUGCGUUUUUAAAAAUUGAUCCAAACAGUG